CGACAUUACCAAAGAGAAAUUCCUACCCAAUCAUGGCAGCUUCUGCAACAUCCAAGCUCUUAGUGUCCGAUUUCGCCUCCUCCGUUACCCAUAUCCCUUUAACCUACGUCCGACCCAUCUUGGACCGUCCGAACUUGUCGGAGGUCGAGACAUCCGGAGAUUCUAUUCCUCUGAUUGAUCUCCGGGAUCUUCACGGACCCAAUCGAGCAGAAAUUAUCCAUCAACUUGCUAAUGCAUGUUCCACUUAUGGCUUCUUCCAGAUCAAGAAUCAUGGAGUACCGGAGACAACCAUCGACAAAAUGCUAAAUGUCGCAAGAGAGUUUUUCCAUCAACCAGAGAGCGAGAGGAUGAAACAUUACUCGACGGAUUCAACAAAGAAGACGAGAGUCUCUACCAGUUUCAAUGUCAGCGAAGACAAAAUCUUGAACUGGAGAGACUACCUUCGAAUCCAUUGCUUUCCCAUUGAAGAUUUCAUCAACGAAUGGCCCUCGAAACCCGUCUCUUUCAAAGAUAUCACAGCCGAAUACGCCACACGCGUUAGAGCCUUGGUCUUGAACCUUCUUGAGGCAAUCUCUGAGAGCUUAGGCCUUGAAAAGGACCAUAUAAGCAAUAGAUUAGGCACACACGCUCAACACAUGGCCUUUAACUAUUAUCCUCCUUGUCCUGAGCCUGAGUUAACUUACGGACUUCCCGGACAUAAAGACCCAACCGUUGUCACUGUCCUUCUUCAAGACCAAGUCUCUGGUUUACAAGUCUUUAAGGAUGAUAAAUGGGUCGCUGUUUAUCCUAUUCCCAACACUUUCAUUGUCAAUAUCGGUGACCAAAUGCAGGUCAUAAGCAAUGAAAAAUACAAGAGCGUGCUUCACAGAGCUGUCGUGAACACAGAGAAGGAGCGGUUAUCGAUUCCAACAUUCUAUUUUCCAUCUACAGAUGCAGUGAUUGGUCCUGCACAGGAGCUGAUCAAUGAACAAGACUCUCCUGCUGUUUACAAAAGCUUUCCAUUUGUUGAGUAUUGGGACAAGUUUUGGGACAGAUCACUCGCUACUGCGAGCUGUCUCGACGCUUUUAAAGCUUCCACAACCUAAAGAGUGUCUACUUUGGAAUCAAAUCUUGACUGGCUCUUUUGUUUCGAAUCCGAAAACCCUCUUUGUCCUAUCUAUGUAAUAAUCAAAAGACGGUUCAAGAACAGUUUGUUUCUUAUGAAUGUCAAGAAAAACGGUUGAAAAAUAAAUCAAACUUUCUGAA